UUUUUAUACAUCAGCCCCUGAACACGAAAUCGCCAGUUCGCUGGUGCUUCUUGUCCAGAAAUGAGAUACUUUCCAAACAUGGGAGUCCUGACGUCAGGCUUCCUGAAAAAUAUGCGCGGCUUUAACUUCCUCAAGACGCCUCAGAGGACAGCAGACUGUCUUUAAAGUGGGAGCUGAUGAAAUCCAAACUUAGCACAGAGACGUUUGAGAACCAGGAAUCGGCCACUAAGUCAAGAUAUGGGUUGAAGAUCUUGUAUCUUUUCACAUAUAAUCUGAUACAGUUCUGUGGAUACUCAUGGAUAUCUACGAACAUUACUGCCAGAUUCUUAACAUUUGGUGAAGACAGCCUGGUGGACACGUACCAUUCGAUUGGGACUGUGAUGAGUUUCUGCCAAUUGUUAUCAAUCCUGGAAUUGAUCCAUAUACUGAUAGGCAUUGAACAGAGUCCAUUUCUUCCACGACUUGUGCAGGUUACAGAGAGGAACAUAAUCCUUUUUGUGGUCAUCACCAGUCAAGAGGAGAUGCAGGCUAAACCUACAGUUUGGGGCUUGUUUUCCCUCUGGGGCACCCUCGAUGUCAUCAAGUAUCCAUAUCGCAUGUUAUCUAUCGUAGGAACUGAUUUGUAUACAUUGUCAUGGAUUCAUCAUUGCCUUUGGAUUCCUCUUUUGCCUUCAAUACUGCUGACUGAAGUAAUUGCCAUCUAUCAGUCGCUGCCAUACUUUGAAGCUCUGGGAACCUAUUCCUUUCAGAUACCUAAACCUAUUGAUGUGCCAAUACAUUUCCCAUAUGUAUUGAAACUGUACUGUCUUAUACUUGUUAUAGGCACAUACAUCAACUGCAGGCACUUCUAUGAAGAGCAAAAACUGAACACAAGAAGAUACACAAAGAAGCACAAGCAAAACUAACAAAUUUAAAUCAGCGUCCACAUCAUUUGCCAGGAUCGGGAAAACACUGCCAUGAACUUGUCCUCACCCAUGGAAUCUGAGCUUAUUCAAAUAAUGCAGAAACUCUUCCAAAUGGCUUUCAAAGAUGCUCAAUGUUAGGCAAUACUGCCCAAAAUGGGCCAAAUCUUAAUCCACAUAAAAAAUGAUGGGUUGAUUUUAGGUCAGUGGUUAAAACUUCAAAAUUCUAAAAUUAGGAAUUAAUUCCCUUCCAACCGGCCCUACUGCUGUUUUCAUUCCGGUGAGGCAAGAGACAUGCCAUUAAUCCAUUCACUGUCUACAGGCUGGUUAUUUUGAUGUUAUCAUUUUAACCAUUGUUCAAGUAUUGAUUCUUGGGUUUUCCAAGGUGUGGAAAUCUGAAAGGGAUGAAAGUGAAACUGAAUUGAAAGGUGCCUUGAUGGCAUUGAUUAAUGCUUAAUGACAUGCUGUCCAGUAAAACAUACUGCCUGUAAGUAGGAACAAAAUUGAAAAGUAGCCUAAAAUUCAAGCUCUCCAAAUAAUCAGGUGGGCUAAAAAGAAAACUGAAAUUUAACCAGGCAUUAGUUAUAAACUUAAAGUAUCCAAACUCUACACUCUGAUUUUCAAGCUCCUUUAUGAAUGGGAGCUGUGAAUGGGUGUGGGUGCAUUAUGAAAAUGGAACUCCCAGCUGGUGUGUUAGCUCGCAGAAGCUGUCUGGGAUGUGGCUAGAUUUCCAAAGUGAGGAAUGGGAACGGACUGGUGGGAUCCGGAAAUCAACGUAGCUCCAGUGACUGGCCUGCUAAGCACAUCAAGGAGUUUCUUCACGGGUCAGCAAGAUAAUUUUCGCAUCAGUAAUAGUGAAACUGAAACAGCCUGGUGCAACUUAUUGUGAUCAGAGAUAAUGGGAACUGCAGAUGCUGGAGAAUCCGAGAUAACAAAGUGUGGAGCUGGAUAACACAGCAGGCCAAGCAGCAUCU